CCAGUACUGAUGAAAGCAAUUCUAAGAAUACAGUAAACUGGCAUAUAAAUAAAUAACAAUCGGAUUCUAUAGUUUCGUUAUGGCUGCGGGUGAGGGUGCAAAUGCUUUGACCAUGAGAGAGAAAGCUCUUUUAAAAUCUCAAUUAAAUAAGCAACAUGUUACUAUUCAUCCUGGAUAUGCACCAAUAUCAGAAAUUUAUUUACAUAAAACUGGUUUACGAGGAAGGAAGGGAAUGCUGUUCUAUGCCUUAGUGGUACUUCUUUUUACAGUUGCUCUUAUUAAUUUAGCUGUAAUCGUCGUAUUGCUAAGUGUUUUGCGAAUUGGAUAUGGAAUGGAAAGCAUGGAAUUUAUGACUGGUGGAAGGUUGUUACGAUUUCUUAAUCAUGCUGAUAUGGGAACUGUUAUUCCGGAUUCUGGAGUUAUUGGUGGAUUUUUAGAGAGUGAUCUACCAAUAACUGGAGAUAAUCAACCUGUCAUUUUUCGCACAACAUCUGCAUUGAAUUUCGGAAAAUAUGGUCCUAGCAUGGAAAUCCAUCAUGAUCAUACACUGAUUUCUGGUGUAGAAGAAUUUCUACUUCAAAGUCCAUCGUCUGGAAAAAAUAUUUUUUCAACAGAAUACAAAGAUUUCAAACUACCUACGGGUGUUUCACAUUUGAGUGUGAAAGAAGCACAUAUUUCGAGGAUAGUGAGCAAGAAAAAUGAAUCUCUUGAAAUAUCAUCACCAUAUCAAAUAAUGUUGAAAGGAAAUGAAGGAUUAUAUAUGGCAGGAAAAGAAAUAAUUUGGAUUACUGGUCUUGAUUUAUAUCUGAAGAGUGUGAAUCAAAGUAUUAUUCUUGAUGGAGCAAAAGGUGUAAUGGUUUCCACGGAUAAAUUGCCUUUUGCUGCUGAAACCCAAGACAGUGCUCCUCGUUGGUACAAGUUAUGUGUCUGUAUGCCUAGUGGACGUGUUUUUCGAAUUCCUGUGAGGGAACAUGGUUACGGUUGUAAUGAUGUUAGAUUUCCUGAAAGCAUAAAUCCUUGUUCUUAGAUUUUCUUUAGAUCUGAAACAAUGCGAGAAUAGCUUUCCUAUGUAUGAAACUGUUUUAUGAAUUUCAUGAUUUUUGUAAAAUGAAUAUGUGUUAGAUAUUUUUUUUCAUUUUAAAGAAUGUUCUUAUUACUUGUGAAAAAGGAAAUAUUCCUUAAAUUUUUUAAAGCAUUUACUGUAUCACGACAGUUAUUUAUUUUUUUGUUAUAUUUCAUUUAUAUAAAAGGUUUUUUGCUGUGCAAUAUGAAAUUUUCAUAGUUAAGGUUAAUUAUAUUUGAUUAUAUUUUUAUUUCUGUUGAUUGGACUUUACAGAAUAUUUUUAGAGCAUGGCUGUGAAAGAUAAAAAGAAUGUUUUAUGGUUUUACUUUUCGUAAAUCAACAUAUUUUUUAAAUAUGUUUCUAAUUAUUUGCAUAUGAUGAAACAAGAGCAACUGUUAUGAAAGUUAUUACAUUCAUAUAUUCUUUGACGUAGCCAAAUGAAUUAAGUGCCAAUUAAUUAUCUGUUCAUUUUAUCGAUAUUUCGAUAUGGGUAUCAUUCAUAAUUCAGAAUUUUUAUCAAUCCAAUUUAUGUUUUUCUUGUGAUAUGUUAUGCACUUUCUUUCAUUCUUCUAUUUUAAAGAAUGAAUUCUGUCUUAUUGCUCCUGCCGCUUUUUCUUAUUAUUUUUUGUGCAUUUUCACAAACUUUUGAGAAGCAGUUAACAAGAAUUUUCGCAAGGUAUAGAUUUUUUUUUAAUUUCAUUCUUUUGAAAUUAUGAAAUAGUUCUAAUUAUUAUUAAUGUAACAAUUCACUUAAAUAUUUCAUUUUAAUAUAAAAUAAAAAAAUUAAUAUAAUUUAAUAUAAUCAGAUUUUUUUAUUAUUUUUAAAUUUAUAAUUGGCAAUAGAAGAUCUGAAUUCUUUUUUAAAUUGGUAUUUAGUUGUAAAAACUCAGAACUGUAUGUAUAGUGUUUUUUUUUCUGCCGUUUAACACUACAAAGAUUAGGAUUUCCAUUGACCCUAAUCUUUGGAAUGUAUGUUCAUCUUUGUUCAAUUAUUUACAUUUUUGUUUUUUAGUUCGUAAUAUACACAAAAAGUGAUCACUUUUCAAAAAUUAAUUAUGGAUUUGUAAAUUUCCCUUUGACCGAAUAACUUAGAAGGAACAUUAGGAGAGAUCUGUUUAAAUGCUAGUUCUUUAUAUUGGUGUCUAAUAGCACUUUUAAAGUAUUAUAUUGAAUCUCACUUAAGCUUAUACCAUAGUAAUACUGCUGUUUUGAAGCUUUUCACUUAUACAAGCAGUAUUCUUUUAAGAAAAUAAAUGUAUUCCUUUCAUAAGGAUUUAGUCAAUUUAUGAGUGGGGAAUGCAGAAUGUAACAAAAUGCUGGCAUGAAGUUAAUUUAUAUGACUGUAAUACCAACUCUAAUUAGUGACUUUCUCUGAUAAUUGUCUGUGUAAUUCAAAUUUUUACUUUAAACCGUAAUUUGCAGGUAAAACAGCAAUGCACGUGAAAAUUGUCUGUUUAAAACUUAAUCCCUUGUGAGAAAUAGAUAAUUUGUUGAAUUUCUAAUAAAAAUAAAUAUUUAUUAAAGGCUGAGUUAAGUUUUAACAACUCUCUGAGAAAAAAUAGUGGAUUGUGAAUGAACGAUCACUGGGCAAUUAACUGUUCAUUUGUUAUGUUUCUUUAGGAAAACGGUUGCCAUUGGUCCUAAUCUCGGAUACAUAUGUGUGCCUUUGUUGAACUUUUCGCAUCAUUGUCAGAUGUUUAUAUGCAAAAAUCACGAAACUUCUUUCGACAUAUUUUUGAGAUAUUUUACUCUUUAGAGUGUUUCUUAAAAUCUAUUUGACAUCGUGGGAGAAUUCAAAUUUUAAUCAGUAAAUUAUCUAGAUAAAAGCAUAUCAAUUAUCAAAUAGUGCAUUUGUCUCUGAAAUUUUAAUACUUUAUGCUAUUAUUGAUAUUUUUUUCUAUUGUACUGACUUUUUUCUGUGUUUCUCUAAAAGUUUAAAGCAAAGUUCUAAAUAGGAUUGAAUUAUAUAAAAUAAUAAUCAUGAUAUUUAUACUUUACUUCCAUUUGUAAAACAUUAGAAAAUAUUUUCAGGUCUUUUUGAAAAUCAACUGUGACGCCAAUCAGAUAGGGAGGGAUUAAUAUUAAUAAUAAAAAGAUUUGCAUAUUUUAUUUUCAGCCGCCUUUUGCGAAUAAAAAUAAAAUUUUACCCUUUUAGAGCGAUAUUUUAUUUCUUUUAGUUUGUUUACUAAAAAUUAUAUUGCAUUUAUAUCCUUUUGGUUUUUGUUAAGUUUUUUUACUGCAUAUAAGAAGAAUUUUUUAAAUGAAGGUUUGCACUUCAAAAUCUAAUGAAUUGGAAACUAAUAAAUAACAAAUUUAUAUCGAUUUUUAUUAAAUAUGUGCAUUUACUAAUCAUUGAAACUGAAUGUUAUAAAAAUUCACUCAUUAUUAUUGGCUUUUAAAAGAACUUUGUGAUAAGGAGUUUAUUUCGUUAAAUUUGUUAAGGAAAGUACUAAGAGUCGUUACGAAAUGUUUUAUCUUCUGGAGAAAAUCAAAUGUUCUGCGGUUUGAACAGUUUCAUAGUUUUGUUUAAGAAAAUUCUUCACUUUUUAGGUUCAAUUAGUUUAUCUUAUUUUUUUUGAUGUACUUAAAAAGAUUUUCAUAGUAUUUAUAUAGACAUUAUUUUAUAAAUUUAUACUGUUUUAAAAUAAGUUGCAUUUUUAUUUGUGUAAAACUGUUUCAAAUAUCCAAUCGUUUAUUGAUCAUUCAUAUUGUGUUGCUUUUGUGUUAAUUUUAUGUGUUCGUGUGCAUCGCUAGAAAUCGCAUCGUUUUUUUUUUUUUUUUUUUUUUUUUU